AUGACCUCGACAUCUCGGAUGUCUCUCCUCGUCGUGCUGCUCGCGGCGACAGCAUGCCACGCCUUCGUCGCGCCGACGCGCACUUCCGCGUCGCGCGUCGCGCGCCGCGCCGAGGGCGACGACAUGGACAGCUUGCUCCAGGGCCUCCAGAGCCGCGUGCAGGAGAUGAUGACGCGCCAGGCGACGAUGCCUAUCGUUGUCCUUGACUCCAUGCUGCCCGGCCAGCGCAUCAAGCUCCAGAGCGCGGACCCGGCCUUCCGCGAGAUGAUCGAGUGGGUCGGCGUGAAGGCGUCCGAGGACAGCGGCGAGGAGCAGUACGACGACGACUCGAAGGGCGUCUUCGGCAUGGUCGGCGCGGACCGCCAAAACGGCGGCGCGUUACCCUUCGGCGUCGAGGCGCGCGUGCUCGACCUCGGCGUCGCCGUCGACGCGCUCUGCGGGCCGGACCUCGCCGACGCCGCCGUGCUCGUGGACGGCGUGGCCGCGCGGCUCUGCGACGACGGCGCCCUGGGCCUGCGGGCGCGCGUCUUCGCCGUGCUCGCCGCCGCGGACUACGACGACGUCGAGGACCGCGAGCGGCGGCGGGCGAGCGACGUCACGCGCGACCUGCUCGCGCGCGAGCCGGCGAGCCGCUACCUCGACGCCCUCGCGGCGGCGACGCGCGACGUCGCCGCGCUGCUGGGGCGCCUCGAGCGCGAGCUCGUCGCCACCGCGCGGCGGCGGCGCGGCCACACGGACGACGCGAACCGGUCCGACACGGACGACGACGACCGCGAGGCGGCGCCCUGGUCGUGCGACGUCCGCGCCAUGCCCCGGGGCGCCGCGGAGCUGCGGUGCCGCGUCGACGACCUGCUCGACUCCAUCUCGACGGCCUGCGACCGGCGCGAGGCCGACUGGCUCGGCGGGUCGCUCCGGGCCGCCGCGGUCCGCGCGGGCGUCGUCGACGACGCCUGCCACGACCUCGGCGUCGAGCGGCUGCGGGACUACGACGCUCUGCUCGCGGGCCCGCUCCGGGGCGCCGUCGUCGCCGAGGCGUCGGAGAAGCUCCGCGCGUCGCUCGACCGCGUCGGGAUCCUCCGCGCGACGCGGCGGCCCCGGGGGUCCGUGCCCCGCGGCGUCGUCGAGGCCGUGCUCCGGGGCGAGGACGCGCCGCGGGCCGCGAGCGCCGCCGAGGACCCCGGCGCGGCGGCGCGGGCCGUCGCCGACGGCUUCGUCUACGCGGGGCUGCUGCGGCCCGCGCUCGCGGCCGCGCGCGCGAUCCUGGCCGAGUCCGCGCCGCCGUCCAAGGCGUCGCGCGGCUUCCGCUUCGGCCGGGGGCCCCGGGCCGCGCCGGCCGACGCGCUGCCCGGCGCGCCGCCGGCGAAGUUCUACGACGUCGUCCGCGCCGCGGACGUCGCGGCGCGGAGCUGGCGCGCGGAGACGGCCGGCGCGGCGGACGCGGCCUUCAAAGCGGACCUGGAGUCGACGCUCGCCGACGCCGCGAAGCAGUUCGCGAAGGCGCUGGGCGCCGCCUUCGCCGACGCGCGCGGCGAGAAGGACUUUGCUAUCAAGGACGAGCCCGACGAGCUCCGGCCGACGCGGGCGACGCUGCUCUUCCGCGACGAGCUCAGCGGGCGCGCCGACGGCGUCGCGCGGGCCCUCGGCGGCGGCGACGAGCUGCUCCAUCGCUGGCGGGCGGCCCUCGCCGACGAGGUCUUCUCG